GCAGGUGGUACGAAGGAAAUCGUGCAAAAACUUAUGGACGCACAGAUUCAGGGCAGAUCAAUCGCGUAGAUUGUUGCCAGCUGUUAUGUACAAAGCAUCACGAUCUGACGGACGUCGGAGGUGCUGGCCAGAAAACGAUCUUGCUGAGGGAAUCCCCUGCCCGUGUCGCUCUUAUGGAAGCCGUUGAAGCCGUACGUGCCCAGUGGACCCAAGAACAGCAGCGAGCAAUUUAUCCGCAGGAAGUGGAUGGUUUGUUGAAGCGCAUCAUCGACGAAGCAGUAACGUUGGCCAUCCUGGAACCAGCGACCAAGCGCCCUGAAUGUAGACAAAGAUUCGAGAUGCAGCAAAAACUGUUGAACGGACACCAGUGCGUGUGCACGCCGGAAGCCGAUGCUCAACCGCUACCGUUGCCAAUGGACGUUAAGCACCGGUACUUUCGGUUCACAGACAAGCCGAUUCCAUACGAAUUUGACUAUCGCAAAAUCAUGGGCGAAACAGGUGGUUUAUGCCCAAUCAAAGGGGCCAUAAAACGUGUAUUUAGAGGACAGGAUACCGAUGACAGCAGUUCUACUAACAUUAGGGAGAUGAUCGAAAGGUUUAUGGAGCGAUCGUGGGACGAGGAAAAGGAGCUUUGGAAUCGUAAAAUGGCAGAAAACAAGAAACCUACCAUGGAUUCCGAUACGGAAACAAAGGAUCCCCUAAAUAUAUCAACCGUUGACAUCAAAGAUCUAAAGUCUUUGAAAGAACUCCUGAAGCGCGCUUUACAUGAGCUUGCCGAAAGCCCGAAAUAUAUUCUGGACACGUUUCCGGAGGCUCACAAACUCUCUAUUCUGGUGGCCUGGAUACGAGACCGCUACGGCCUCCGGAUUAGUCCGGAAGAACGCGAGACCGCUCGACUAGAGAGUCAGUACUUUUGGAACUAUCUCAUACCACGUGCGACUGCUGUUCGGUGGCCAACGCGAAUGGAUACCGAGCUAUCGGCAAAGGUCAAUUGGGACUACAAGGAGAAACUGGAAACGAUGGUAUGUUCAGCUCAAUGA